UUGAAAUUAUUUAUUUAUUUUUGAAAUUAGAAGCUUUUUUUUUUUCCUUAAAGAAAUUCAUAAAGUUUUUUUAUCCUACCACCGACCUUGGUUAGUUUUAGCUUAUAGAAAAAGCAAUUCUUAUUAGCUAUUAAAAAUUUAAAAAUCAAAAUAAAGUCGUAAACUUUUGUUGUUCGAGUUUGAAAUCAUCCGACCGUUAACUCCAACCCUUAAACCGACUUAUAUAUAUAGACAGCGUCGAAAAUAAGCAUCAAAAUUAUUCGACCGUUUUUAUAAAAAAAAAAAAAAAAAAAAAUUAUUCAACCGUUCUGAAACAGGAACGCACUUCUCUAUUUUUCUUCAAACCCUUUCUUGAAACCACUGCUUAUUCCACCAUCAGCAAAGUUUCGUAUACCCCACUCUUUGUUUCUCUUCAAACCCGUUGCUCGAUACAAAUUUCUACUAAUCAAUCGAAAUUCAGCCUUCUGGUUGUAUCAUGGGAGGAAUGAAGCGAAGCAGAGAGGACUACAUUGCCGGUGGUGAGGUUUCUCUGGGUUAUACAGCACCGUCUUGGAGCAGAGGCCAAUUGCUUGGCCGUGGAGGGUUUGGUUCUGUUUUCGUUGCCAAACUGAAGAAACCCUGUUUGGGAUUUCCUCCAAUCAUGGCUGUGAAAUCAGAAAACGCUGCUUCUGGGCCAUCUUCACUUUCAACUGAACAACGGUUUCUUCAGGCUUUAAAAGGGUGUCCUAAUGUGGUUCAAUACUUUGGAUCAGACAUCACAACCACCAACUCUGGUGACAUCAUUCACAACGUUUUUCUUGAGCUUGCUUCAGGAAGCUUGGCCGAUUUCAUCAAGAAAUAUGGUUCUGGUACUGGGAUGCCUGAGGUUCUAGUCAGGAAUUGUACGCGGUCUAUUUUGAUUGGAUUGAAGCAAGUUCAUGACCGUGGAUUUGUACAUUGUGAUAUCAAGCCUCACAAUGUCCUGUUAGUACCUAAUGGGGAUGGUUAUGUUGCUAAAGUUGCGGACUUUGGGUUGGCAAAGAGGCAGAAUGUGAGGGAUGCUAGUGGUGUCAGAGGCACACAUUUGUUCUUUUCUCCUGAGAUGGUGAGGUAUAGAAUUCAGGAAGCGCCUUCAGAUAUUUGGGCACUUGGGUGUAGUGUGCUGAUGAUGUUGACUGGAAAACCACCGUGGGCUUCUACCCCUAAAUCCGAACUUAUGUCUCGGAUAGCUACUGAGUCACCGACGAUUCCACCCAAUAUCUCAAAAGAAGCCCAGAACUUCUUGAGUUGCUGCUUUGUGAGGCAUCCUGUGAAGAGGUUGACGGCUACAGAGCUAUUGAGUCACAUAUUUUUAGUAGAAUCAGAUGAGGGUGAAGUAUACAUUCAAGAAAAGGCUAAAGUUUCAGAUGAGAAGAGUCUUGAAGUAAAGCCUCAAUCACAACGUUGUCCUUCAGCUUUGCCGAGUUUUAUACCUCUUCCUUCUUCAUCAUCUGAGGAGGAAGAAGAGCACAUCCCUGCUGCAGCGAAGCGAACAUGUUACAGACAGAUCCAUCCUGUGGCAAUCAUGGGUUGCCAACCUCCCGUCACUUUUACUGUUCGGGCAAAUUGAGACAUAGCAAACAUUUUGUUUGCAUUUGUAAAUCAUUUUUUCAUUGUAAUUGAUUAAUUUUUUUUUGGUUUCAGAAGUUGUAUAGUAAUGAAUUAGUAAAU